AGGGAGCCCGCGGGGUCGGGGGUGGGGUGGGGAGGGCGCGCUCUUCCCCGCCCCUCCCCCUCCCGGGCCGCGGCGUCUGACGUCCCGCGCGUCGGCGGCGCGGAGCAGCGCGGGGAGCCGCCGGGCCUGCGGCCGGGUGUGAAGAAAAACAAUGACACUCCAAUGGGCGGCAGUUGCAACUUUUCUUUAUGCUGAAAUUGGACUCAUUUUAAUCUUCUGUUUACCUUUUAUUCCUCCUCAGAGAUGGCAGAAGAUUUUUUCAUUUAGUUUCUGGAGCAAAAUUGCAACUUUUUGGAACAAGGCUUUCCUUACCAUUAUAGUCCUAUUGAUUGUUCUAUUUCUAGAUGCUGUGAGAGAAGUAAGGAAGUAUUCUGCCACUCAUAUCCUUGAAAAGAGCUCAAGCUCCAGACCUGAUGCCUAUGAACAUACACAGAUGAAACUUUUUAGGUCUCAAAGAAAUCUUUACAUUUCUGGAUUUUCAUUAUUUUUUUGGCUAGUAUUGAGACGUCUGGUUGUACUUAUUACUCAGCUGGCAAAAGAACUGUCAAACAAAGGAGUACUUAAAACUCAAGCAGAAAAUACUAACAAGGCUGCCAAAAAAUUUAUGGAAGAGAACGAAAAACUAAAAUGGAUCUUGAAAAGCUAUGGCAAGGAUGAGGAACAUAUGUGGGAAGCAGAAAACAAAAAACUAGUAGAAGAACAGGAAAAACUGAAAACUGAAUUAAAGAAGACAUCAGAUGCCCUUUUGAAGGCACAAAAUGAUGUGAUAACAAUGAAGAUGCAAUCAGAGAGACUUUCCAAAGAAUAUGAUCGACUCCUGAGAGAACAUUCAGAGCUUCAGGGUCGUUCAGGAAAGGGCAGUAAGAAAGACCUGUGAACUUUAUGGAAGAAGAUUGUGAUACAUCGUGUCAAGAUAAUAAAUUUGUUAUCAUGUUAGCCUCUAGAAAAUUUAAAAUUCAGUUCAUAAAAAUGUACUGUCAGUAAUUUUUUUAAUGGCACACGUAAGUUGUAUCAUAACAGCAUUAUCAAAAUAUUUGAUGAUGUUUUAGAUAUAUUAUAAAUCUAUACUCUAGUUCUUAAGAAAAGUAUAAGUAUGUUAAAUACCAUAUUUGCAUAUUGGUAAUAACAUUGGUGUUAUUACUAAUAAAAGGAAAAAAUUCAUUAGCCAGUUACUUCCAAAAUUAGAUUUUUUAAGUUGCACGAGACUAUUAAUAGCCUUAAAUGCUUUGAUUAGUUUUCACUAAUAGUAAUAAGCUGUUUAAUCAGAUGAUGAUGUGUUUAAAAAUACUGUUCAGUAUCAGCAACUUUGUACACAGAGUAAAUAAGGAUAACCAAUCAUAAUUAGCCACUGUAUUUAUAAGAAAGAGUCAUAAAGAACAGUGACCUUAGAUUUUCUUUAAGCCUGAUGAUACUAAUGGCUUACUAUAACAAGACAGCUAUAUUGAUAAUUAUAUUUUUGUUACUAUGCUUCUGUACCUGUUGGACUGGGUUUUGGUGAUAUUGAUGUUAAUAAUUAGUAAGCAUUCUGUCUUUUCAAGUUUAUCUAGUAAUAGAGUUUACCUCUGUCUGCAUAACUGUCAUAGCACUGAACUGAAUUUAUUUUACAACAAUGUGGAGUUCUUUACUUGAAAAGUUAAUGUAUAAUAUAUCCAAAAAGCAGGGUUUCCUGUGAUCAUAAGAGUUACCGAUCAUACAAAUAUUACCUCAAAUAUACCUACACUUGCAUCACAGUUUUCCUGAGAUGUUUCUAUAUUCUGAAAGCUAAAUAUAUGUAUUAAACACUAUUUUUCCAUUUAAAAUUUCCUUUAGAAGAUGAUCCUGAUUAUAAUAUUGUUUAGAUUAUAUGUUGUUUCAGUGUUUAGACAUGAAAACUAUCUUCCUUGUCUUAUAAAGACCUAAGUAUAAAAGAAAAUGGAAAAUCA